GCAAUCCAGAGAAGGUAUGAGGGCAUGAAUAGAGCAGGAGGGCUCUCCUGCAGCAGCCAUGUUACACCAAGCCUGGCAGCUCUGUGGGAGACGGUGUCGAUGGUCCAGCCCUUUUGUCCAUCUCCUUACACUAACCAUGUUUACAUUUGGUGUGCUCACACCUUUAAUUUGCCACCGGCUUCUCCACUCAUAUUUCUAUUUGCGGCGCUGGCACCUGAACUCCAUGAGCCAGGAUUUCCUGGAGCAGAACCAGCAGGAGGGCCAGGCCGCUCUCCAGUACUUUGAGAAGCUGCAGAUCCCAAACACCUCUGAGGCCUCUGGCAGUGACGCCUUCCAGCCCUUGCUGCUGGUCACCAUUAUCACUGUGCAGAGGCGGAAUGAUUUCCACUAUGUCUUGCAAGUGGCCUCUCACUUCCACCGCCUCCUCCAGAAAUGCGGCGCGCGUUGCCGUGGCCACCGCGUCCUCCUCUGUAAUGUAGAGAAGGACCCUGGUAGCCAUCAGGAUGUCAGGCUGCUGAGCAGCUUCUUUCCUAUGGUCAGUCGUGACAAAACUGGUGGGGACCCUGACCCCAGAGUGAACCAGUUUGAGAAGGAGAAGCAGGACUACAUCUUCUGCCUUGAGCAGUCGCUGUUGGUGUACAACCCAGAGUACAUCCUCAUAGUGGAAGAUGACGCUGUGCCGGAGGAGGAGAUAUUCUCUGUCUUGCAGCAUCUCAUGUUGGCUCGGUUCUCCAAACCGUAUCUCAGAGAUGCGCUCUAUUUCAAGCUUUACCAUCCUGAGAGGCUCCAGCGCUACUUCAAUCCUGAACCCAUGAGGAUCCUCGAGUGGCUCGGCCUGGGCAUGUUCCUGGGUCCCCUGCUGAGCUGUGUGUACUGCUGGGCGGCUGGUCGCCCAAGCCUCAGCUGGCCCAUUGUGCUGUUCUUUGCCGUGUACAGCAUGGUGCUGUCGGAGCUGGUGGGCCGGCACUAUCUGCUGGAGCUGCGCCGGCUGUCCCCUGCGCUGUACAGCAUCGUGCCCGUCACCGAGUGCUGCACGCCCGCCAUGCUCUUCUCUGCGCCGGCCUCGCGCCGUGCCUUACGUUACCUGCGGGGGCUGCACUGCCGGCAGGGCUUUGCGAAGGACAUUGCCCUCUACUCGCUGCUGCGUGCUAAGGGGGAGAAUGCCUACGUGGUGGAGCCCAACCUGGUGCGGCAUGUGGGGAUGUAUUCCAGUCUUCGGCUCAAUGACAACCCGAAACUUCUAUAAUCCUUUCACUGCCUUUCCAGACACCAGGCUUGGAGAACCUGCUGCUAGGCUGAGAGGCAGUGGGCAAUCGCAGAUGUUGUGCUGUUCGCACUGUGACUCCAGGUGGACAAGGUGAAAUUCCCCCCCACCCCCAUAAAAAAGGUUUCUUAAAACAUAUGUACAUGCAGACCAAAUUAAAUAUAUACUUUGAACUAAUCACUCCAGGGGAGGAUUCCCAUUGAGGAUGUGGAUUGUCCACUCUCCUUAAUCACUCCUAGGGAAAAGCUUUCAUACCAUUGUGAACAGCUAUACUGCCUACUCUGCAUUGGUUGAAGUCCUCACCUUAGGGUAACAGAAGCAUUGGAUAAAGUGAAUGUUUCAAAUUUAACAUAUUGAGGAGGAAAAGCUCUUCUUUUCCCGUCCUCACUAAGGUCUGAUCCCUGACCUCUGUCUGUAUCAAAGCUGCAGAUUUGAGUGGGCCUUUCAAAACCAGCAGUGCUUUAUGUGUACUUUCCCACAAGUUUCACCUGGAUUCUUCACAUUUCAAAAUUCAAGGUCUCUAUUUACUAUUGUCUCCCCCUGCAGAUCCUAGCUGCACCUCCACCCUUCCUGCUCCUUCCUGUUCCUAUGGAACGGAGGCUCUUAAAGCUUCUGCUGCUUCAUUUACUAUGUUAUUGAAGCUGACCUCUUAAGGUAGGAACAGGAAAGAAUAAUACAGCUGGGUCACAAAAGCAUGUUUUCAUUGAUAAGUUACAGGCAUUAUACACACAGGGUGGCUGCUGUGUUGGUUGGCAUCACUAGUUGUAGUGGAUCAGGGUCAUUGCCAAUCGCUGAUUUGAUUUCGGCAUUCAACAUGAAUUUAUCUUGACCUCCUGUCAGCAUAGAGGCAAAGGAAGUUGUGGAGGUUGUGGAGUUGUGGGAUUGUGGAGCAUCCUUCCUUGGAGGUCUUGCAAGACCCGCCUGGACAUGUUUCUAUGUGACCAGAUCUAGGUGAACCUACUUCUGCAGGGGGGUUGGACUAGAUGAUCUCUAAAGGUCCUUUCCAACCCCUACCAUUCUAUGAUUCUAUGAAAGGAAAGAUCAGAUCAGGAGCUGCUGUUGUGCAGGAUCCUUGUUUCAUUUGGGAGCUCAGCCUAAGUGGUUCGUUCACUGCUCCUGGCAGCAAGGAAAAUACCCAUAGGUAGCAAAGCUAGCUGUUCCUCAAAAUCAGCAACAGCAUCACAACGUAUCAAGGGGCCUGUGCUGAUAAUGAUCCUUUAACUUAAUGUGCUCUGCUUGUUAGGCAUUUGUGAUGGUACUUUGUACCACAGCUGUGGGCACAGUUAAAUAUAAAACCACGCAGAUGACAGAGAUCUCCAGGACCUCAGGAUCUGGAUAAACACCAGCACCAGGAUGUUUAUGUCUGAUGAAAAGCCCACCUUGACUUUAGUGAGCUUUGAAUCAAAUUCAAAGUUUGGUUGAACUGUUUUUGAAAGCACAUUCCUAACUUUGGAAUGAAGCAAGUACAGUGGGGUUUGGUUUUGGGGUUUUUUUUGGUUUUAGUAAAGAAAUAGCUCUAGUUUUAAAUUUUCUUUGCCCCAGUCUCUCCCAGGCGAUUUAUGUCUUAAGUUCUUAAUAAAUCUGAUUGUAGCUGUGAACGACAUAAAACUCCUGAGAGGUGAAACCAAAGAAAGUUGCAAACCUCCAGCUGUCAGUUACCCACACGACAAACACAAACACCUAAUGCAAGGUAGCCAAGAAACGGCUUCUCAGCACCAGAGAAGCACUUUGCUCUCUUACUCAUCACCUCCGAUACUUCUACAACACUUUCGGAAAUCAGAUGUGAGUAAAAACUUCUUGUGGACUCCAUGUCAUUCCAAAGGCAAAGCACCUCUCCUGUCAGAGGACACUGGAAAAAUAUCAUGGGCAGAACCACUAUUUCCUCCCUGCUGCUGAAAGUAACCCCAAAGAUGCCAGAGUGGUCACACAACAGCAGGUGUGACUUGUGAUAGGGCAAACCUAUCCUUAGGCUUUACUAUAUAACAUAAUUAAGAUGGCAGGAUGUAAGUGUCAUUGUAUGUUUGUUCCACUAAGUGCCUGCGCCUGCAAGAAAAUACAACUUGUUUUUUUAUGCAUCUUCAGCUGUGAUUGUUUCAGUGUAGUGUGCUUUCUCUUCACUCUUUUUCUAUCUUUGUACUAUAGACAUCCAGGGUAAUGGCAUGUUAUUUUGAUAGGGAUUAUCCAUACUCAUUCUUGCAGAGAAAAUCUCACAGGAAUGGAAAAGGGGGGAAGGAAAAUAAAGAAACCCUAGAAAUGAAACCAAAUAACUAUGUGUGGUUAAUAAAUGUUUUGCUAUGGGAAAUGAUUUAUCCAUUUGUCCCGAAAGUAAUUUUCUUUUUUGGGCAAUAGUACUUUAUUUGUCACCCCAGGAGUCCAAGGA